ACUUUUUUAAAAUCCGCGCCUUUUGUCAAUCAAGGCAGCAACGUUACAAUACCUGUCAAAACUGCCAACAUUUCCAGUGCACUUUAUUAAUUAUAUUCAGGAAAUCGAACGUUUUUGUGACUUUUUCAAUUACAAAACACUAUUAUAAUACUUUUACAACGAGUAGCAAUAUUUAAUUCAAUAUUUUAUCUCCUUGUUAUAAGAUUAUUUAUAAUAAAUUGCUCAACGGCGUCGUAUCCGGUCUCGUUGAACGGCCACCAGGCGGCGCCUCUAGUACAACGUCACUCGUGUGUAAUGUGUAUGUAUAGUUUCCUUCUGUUUUGAAACCCAAGCAAGCUUAGUGAUUUAGUUCUUUUGGUAAUGUAAUAAGUGAUCCGAUAGUGCUAAUUGUGUGAAACUCCAGAUUUGCGAAGAUGGAAAAAAGGAUUCUUUUGGAGCUUCGGGGAAAAAAUCCCUCACAGGUCAAGGAGUUAAACUUGGACAAUUGUAGAAGCACUGCCAUUGUUGGGCUUACAGAUGAAUAUAUUAAUCUAAAAAUACUCAGUCUUAACAACUCAGGACUUACAACUCUGAAAGGUUUUCCAACACUUCCAAAGUUAUGGAAACUAGAGCUUUCAGAUAAUAGAAUAUCAAAUGGACUCAAUUUUCUACAUGGGUGCAAAAAGUUGACUUAUUUAAAUCUUUCUGGUAAUAAAAUCAAAGAUUUGGUAACUUUGAAACCACUAGAAGCUUUUGAAAAACUGAAAAACUUGGACUUGUUCAACAAUGAAGUAACUAAUAUUGAAGAUUAUAGGAGUAAAGUCUUUGCUCUACAUCCAUCAUUGAAAUAUUUAGAUGGAUAUGACAAAGAUGAUAAAGAUGCUGAAGAUAGUGACGCCUUCAGUGGUGACAGUUAUGAAGAGAAUGGAAAUAAUGACAGUGAAGAAGAUGAUGUGGAUAUAGAUUUGGGUCCGUUGGUAAUUGACGAUGAUUCCUUGUCACAAAGGCUGACAGAGACAAAACCAUCCUUACUUAUGUCAAUAUAUUCAGUUUAUGGUCUCAUAUUCCACAUGGGUUACCUAUUAAAAAAUUCCGAUGAUGAAGUUGAAGAAGAGGAUGAUGAGUUAUCACUUUCUGAAGUCUACAAUGAAAAUCUAGAGGAGGAGAGCUCAGCGAGUCCAUUGUAUGAAGCAGAAGGAUACUUGGAUGAGGACUAUGAUGAUUUCGAGGAAGGAGAUGAGGAAAAUGAUGCUAAUGGAGAACACAACUCCAAAACACAGGAGGGCGCGAACACGCGGGAGAACACCGAAGAGAGCACUCGAGGUAAAAAGCGGAAACAUGAGGACGACGACGAAAACUGAAAGUUGCCUUACGCGGAGUUAUCUUACUAGUUUGUAAGUUUACAAAGCUCCGAGACAUCGGACAAUAAAUCACCACAAAUUGAACUGUUCCCAGUAGACGAGAGAUUGUUAUCAUCCGGAGCGUACAGAAAAAUGUUACGUCUUUUGAGAGGAAUCUGUAGUUUGUUGUCCGACAAGUUGAUGUUUCAAUUAAAUUGUUUAUGUAAUAAUAAUUUUUUAUUCUAUUGAAAUGCUUAAUUUUUAGUCUAAUCAUUGAAAUGAAAGUGCAUGGAUUUUAGGGUUAAAAAUAGCUCUCGACAAAUCUUAAAUGUAUAAAUAACAAUUAGCUAUAAGUGAAAUGAUUUUUUUUUUAAUGAUUCCGAUGCCUUUUAACACGUGACGAUUAUAUUCCGAUGUGGGUAUUCCGCCUGUAUAUUAAUAUGACCAACUAUUAGACUGGUUGAGACAUAUUAAAUAUGAAAAAAAAAAAUUCUAUGUGGUGACGAUUUUCAUAUUUAUGUACAAAAUGAAAAUACAAAAGCAAAGAAUAAAAUAUUAGUACGGGCAAACUACAUACUUUUGAUUGACUUGUAUAUAUUCUGUUUGAAUUUAUUUUAUUAAUUGAUUUAAAAAUAUAUAUAUACUCUUGAACACCAUUUAUGUUAUGUUUGUGAUUUCACUUGUAAAUAUUCAAUAUUUAUACAUUUAGGCAACACUAGCAUUUUUACUCUUUCUCUGCAUAGAAAAGAACAAUGUACGAGAUAAGAAGCAAACCGCAGAAAGUCAGUGAUAAACCUCAACUUGUUUUCGAUAUUUUGUCUUAUUGUACCAUAUUUAAAUAUUUCCAAUGUACACUUGUAGAAAACCAUAUUGUUAUUUUCACAUUCUAUUUGAAGAAACCAACAUCUAUAUAUAUAAAAGAAAGUCGUGUUAGUUACACUAUUUAUAACUCAAGAUUGG